CAAACACACUCCUACCGGAUAGGCAACAUGCAACAUCACCAACAGACCCCUUAUCGUUGGGCUCGAGUUUCCUCCUUGUUUUUCGCGCAUCUUUCGCGUCGCAACCUUGAUGCCAACAUGAAAUGGCCUUGGUGCAAUUAGCAUGCAGCCCCAAAGGACGAUAGGGCUGCCUGCCUGCCCAAGGUAUGUAUGUACUGUACGUGCCGACGAAACCGACGAAACCGGGAAUCAGGUAGAUACGGGAAGUACGGUACUCCAAGUCAUCGUUAUUUAUAAGACUUCCAUUUCACCUCGAAAUGGAAACUGGGGGAGAAAAUGGAGGUUCGGGUACGCAGGGCCGUGGCAGAUCCAAUCAGUUUGGCUGCGAUUACACGCCGUCUUUUCGGCUGCAAACAUUUGCGCACAGAGCGGAAAAGAAGCGGCGGACUUGCUCCUAUUUCCAAUCAAAAGAACGGAUGUUUGACAUGCAGCACUCACCGUCUGUUCUUUUCCCAGGCAAGUCUGACGUAGCUGACACCUGCAGCACUUGCCGACGGGAAACCUGCUUCCCCAAGCAUCAGUCCGCCAUUUUGCCUUGGUGUCCUGUGCAUUGCCAGUGAUCGCAUUUUGUGACCAUU